CCCAGCAUGCCCCGCGUCGCUAGCCGCCGCUCCCGGCGCAGCAAGAUGGCGGACACAAUGAGGGGGAGCCGCCUCCCCGCGGCCUGAGCGGGCCCAGCCGACCCCGAGGGCGCUGCCCGGCCCGCCCCGCCUCUCCUGCCCGCCCUCCGCUCAUCCCCUACGCCCCGCCGCGCCCUGCCCGACCUUUCCCACCGCCACCGCCCGGGGCCCCGCCCGGCUCCCCUCAAGCCCCGCCGCCGCCCGCGGCGCGGCCCGGCCCGGCGGCGGGAUGAAGCUGACGGACAACGUGUUGCGGAGUUUCCGCGUGGCCAAGGUCUUCCGUGAGAAUUCGGACAAGAUCAACUGCUUCGACUUCAGCCCCAACGGUGAAACCGUCAUUUCCAGCAGUGACGACGAUUCCAUCGUUCUCUACGACUGCCAGGAGGGCAAACCCAAGAGAACGCUGUACAGUAAGAAGUACGGAGUGGACCUCAUCAGGUACACACAUGCUGCCAACACUGUUGUCUACAGCUCCAACAAAAUAGAUGAUACAAUACGAUACCUCUCCCUGCAUGACAACAAAUACAUUCGGUAUUUCCCGGGACAUACAAAAAGAGUGGUUGCUCUUUCAAUGUCUCCAGUGGAUGACACUUUUAUUUCUGGAUCUCUUGAUAAAACUAUUCGACUUUGGGAUCUCCGCUCUCCAAAUUGCCAGGGCUUAAUGCAUCUCCAGGGGAAGCCCGUGUGUUCUUUUGACCCAGAAGGGUUGAUUUUUGCUGCUGGAGUCAAUUCUGAAAUGGUGAAGCUUUAUGAUCUCCGUUCUUUUGACAAGGGGCCAUUUGCUACAUUUAAGAUGCUGUAUGAUCGAACAUGUGAGUGGACAGGCCUGAAGUUCAGUAACGAUGGCAAACUCAUCCUCAUAUCAACUAACGGAGGGUUCAUCCGACUGAUUGAUGCCUUUAAAGGAGCUGUCCUGCAUACGUUUGGGGGUUAUAACAAUAGUAAGGCUGUCACGCUGGAGGCAUCUUUCACGCCAGACUCUCAGUUCAUCAUGAUAGGUUCAGAGGAUGGGAAGAUUCAUGUUUGGAAUGGGGAAAGCGGGAUGAAGGUGGCUGUGCUGGAUGGGAAACACACAGGUCCUAUAACCUGUCUGCAGUUCAAUCCAAAAUUCAUGACUUUUGCUAGCGCAUGUUCCAAUAUGGCGUUCUGGUUGCCCACUAUCGACGACUAAUUCCUAUGCUGCAGCUGCUGUCAGAUGACUUCUGUACUACUAAAAGCAGCGCAUCAUUGCAGAAGUGUUGGAAUUGCCAACGUCUCCUAGACUGUUUUCCUGUUCCUGCAUAUGUUCUCAUAUGUCUUACCUUUAUUUGCCGCAUUCCUUUGUGAGGACUCUUCCACUCGGCCUCCAAGCGUGUUCAGAAGCAGCAUGUGACACAUUCUUACCUUCCAAUCUGUGCCCAGCAGGUUUCAGCCGAAGUUGGAAUUGACAUAGUAUUAUUUCUAAGAGCAGUGAAGUCUGUUUUAUUUACAAAAUGUCUGUGGCAUUUUUUAAGCUGUAAUUGUGUAUUUUCCUUCUGUAAGUGCUCAAGAUUAUCCAAGCUGGAAUGUGCAGUUCUUUCCCAUAGGUGCGUGUUUUUCACAUCUGGGAUCUCUGGUUUCACUGCAGCCCACAGGUGCGAAGUUACUUCUGUGCCAAAUGCGAACAAUGACAGUUUUCAGCUUCAACAGCAGGUGCUGGAUUCUCUUGCAGUGGAACCCGUGCUGAAAGAGUGGGUGACUGUAAAUAAACAUGAUACAUCCUGUCA